AAAUUUGACUCUCUCUUCUCUUUUCUCUUCCCUGUCCCUCAUUCCUUAGCUGCCAAUCAAGGAACUUCACCCCCUUUUAGCCAAAAAUAAUAAUAAUAACAAUAAUCUCUGAGAUCUGCAUAUAGAGCAAGCAGCAUCCCAUGAGUUCAUUUCAAACUUCGAUAGGAACACGAAGUUCAACAAUGAUAGAAACUUCAUGUGGAUAUCUACUACAAGAAUUGCAGAUGAUAUGGAAUGAAGUAGGAGAAGAUCAAUUUGAAAGAGAAAAGGUCUUACUAGAUUUGGAACAAGAGUGUGUGGAGGUCUACAGGAGAAAAGUUGAUGCAGCAAAUACGUCAAGAGCUCGCCUGCAUCAGGAGCUGGCGGAAGCUGAGGCUGAAUUUACUCAUCUUCUUUUAUCACUUGGUGAACGAUCAUUCCCUGGUCGGCCAGAUAGACUGGCAGGAACACUGAAAGAGCAGCUAGACUCCAUCACACCAGCUCUACAGGAGAUGAGAUCGAGGAAAGAGGAGAGGAUGAACCAGUUCCGAACUGUGCAAGGCCAAAUUCAGAAAAUUUCUGCAGAAAUAGCAGGUAAAUCAGAAUGUAGUGACUCUGUAUUGGACCUUAAAGUAAAUGAUAACGAUCUAUCCCUGAAGAAACUUGAGGAGUAUCAAAUUGAGCUACAAAGACUCCAUAAUGAGAAGAAUGAACGUCUCCAGAAAGUGGAACAUUAUACAGAUACAGUCCACAAGCUGUCUACAAUAUUAGGACUGGAUUCAACCAAUAUCAUUGGUGAAGUUCACCCAAGCUUAAAUGAUUUGUGUGGGAUUUCAAAAAACAUAAGCAACCAUGUCUUGGUUAAGCUCAACAGCGCGGUGGAUUCCCUCGAGCAAGAAAAGCAAAAGCGGCUUGAAAAGCUUCACCUGCUAGGUAAAGAGUUAACAAACUUGUGGAAUCUUAUGGACACAGCCUAUGAAGACCGGCGAUUAUUUUCCCAUGUCAUUCGAUUGUUGUCGGUGUCAUCAGCAGAGGUAUCAGAUCCAGGAAGUCUUACCCAAAGUAUACUCCUGCAGACUGAGGCUGAAGUCAAGAGACUGGAUCAGUUAAAAGCAAGUAAGAUGAAGGAAUUGUUCUUCAAAAAACAGAAUGAGCUUAAGGAAAUAUGCAAUCGUUCACAUAUGGAGAUUCCUUCCCGAGCAGAAAUGAAUAACAUAAUUAACCUCAUUAACUCAGGAGAGAUUGACCAUGCUGAUCUCCUCGUCAGUAUGGAUGAACAGAUAUCAAAAGCCAAAGAAGAAGCUUCAAGCAGAAAGGCUAUAAUGGAGAAGGCAGAAAGAUGGAUGCUAGCACGUGAUGAAGAACGAUGGUUGGAAGAGUAUAGCAGGGACGAGAACAGAUACUCAGUAAGCAGAGGUGCUCAUAGAAACCUAAAACGAGCAGAACGUGCCAGAAUAACAGUCAACAAAAUCCCAGCUCUAAUGGAUUCAUUGGUAGAAAAGACUAGAAUCUGGGAAGAAGAAAGAAAUAAGGUUUUCCUGUAUGAUGAGGUACCACUCCUGGCAAUGUUGGAAGAAUAUAAUGUAUUUAGGCAGGAAAGGGAGGAAGAGAAGUAUAGACAACGGUCUUUAUCAUCACAGGAAAAGAAGAAGGUACAGACCCAUGUUGUAGUCCAACUAGAAAAUUCAUUUGGGCCAAGGCCAAGCACUGGUAGUAAGCGAAUAUCAGAAAGGAGCCUGAAUGGAGGUUUUACCAGUCCUAUGCCUUUAAACAGAAGGAUAUCUCUUGGAAUUCAGCAAUUUGGAUCAAACAAUAUUAGCUCAACCACUCAAGGUAUAUCCUUCAUAAAGGAAGGAAAGAAAGUACAAAGACAAAAGAUGUUUUCACGACCUGGCUAUGCUCCAAAUGUUAGGGAUGAAACAGCUUCAGUGGUAUCAACAUUUUCCGGCCCAUUUUCACCUUGAAUAUAGAAUCUAUUUUCCCAUCUGAUUAUCAUAUCACAGAAAAUUUCAACCCCUUUUACCAGCAAGAAGCCAAGUACCAGAACAGGAUAAUUGGUGGAUACUGACGGAAAAUAAGACUUAGGAGCAAAUAAAAUUUAGGAUGGUCGAUUUUUUUACUGUCACUAGUACAAUAGAGUGUGCAGUUACUGAGUUCAAAUCUAAAUAAAAUUUAAUUCCAGUUUGUAUUUUUCUCCAAAAUUUAAAAUAAAACAUGAAUUGAGCAAUAUAUGAUUGCCAACAUACCCAUAGCAACA